AUGAGUGAACUCAUUCGGGACACCUGUUUUGGCCAUGUCUUGCGUCUCGCUACAAAGGGAAGAGUGCUGCAAUAUGAAGAGGACAUCGAUCCCUCGCUGUGGGAGAGGUACAUAGACAAGGAAAAGUCGGGUCGAAUGGCACAUCAUGGCCACACUGGUGAAGAAGAAAAGGAGGAAGAGAACCGCGGAUCAAAUGACUAUGACUCCGACCGACGCCAGACAGCAGCAGCAGUACCCAACCAAUCCAGCAGUUCCCGAGAUACUUCAGAUACUCGUGUAGGUAGUCAGGACCCGCCGUGCAACGAUCCCAGUGGAGUUAUCGUGGAUCCGGAGAAGGGCAGAGAUGUCUCGAUUGUUACGUGGUACGGAGAGAAUGAUUCAGAGAAUCCUCAAAACUGGUCCAAAAUCAAGAAAUUUGUUGUCACCGGCCUCAUAUGCCUCUUAACCUUCUCCGUCUACAUCGGAUCCUCCAUCUAUUCUGCUGGAACCCUAGACAUCGAAAAAGAAUUCGGAGUUAGCCAAGUCGUUGCUACUCUUGGUCUUUCACUGUUUGUUGCUGGAUACGGUCUAGGCCCUAUGCUUUGGUCUCCCAUGUCCGAGAUUCCUCAAAUUGGACGGAAUUAUGUCUAUAUCCCAACUCUGAUCGUCUUCGUUUUUCUCCAAUUCGCCGUCAUCUACGCGAAAAACUUCGGGAUGCUUUUGGCUUUCAGGUUUUUGACUGGAUUCUUUGGAUCCCCUGUACUCGCUACCGGCGGUGCCACGCUUGCGGACAUGUACAGGCCUGCCAAAAGAGCAUAUGCAAUCGCAAUAUGGGGUGUAGCGGCAAUAUGUGGUCCAGUGCUUGGACCGCUAAUCGGAGGAUUUGCCGCUCAACACAAAGGUUGGAAAUGGCCCAUCUGGGAACUCCUUUGGCUCUCUGGCUUCUCCUUAGUCCUCAUGAGCUUCCUCCUCCCCGAGACAUCUUCUUCCAACAUCUUGUACCGCCGCAGCCGUCGUCUCCGCAUACUCACCGGACGCACCGACCUGAAGUGCGAGCCGGAGCUGAUGGGCGAGCAAAUGAGCAUCAAAGACAUCGUUCUCAUGGUUGUCAUCCGGCCCUUCUCCCUAACCUUCACAGAGCCAAUCCUCUUCUGCCUAAAUCUCUACAUCGCGCUCGUCUACGGCCUGCUCUAUAUCUGGUUUGAAUCCUUCGCCAUCGUCUUCAUCAAGAUCUACGGCUUCAAUCUCGGCGAAGAAGGCCUCUCGUUCCUCGGUAUCUUUAUUGGCGGUCUAUUCGUCAUACCGCCUUUCUUCCUCUACCUGUAUUUUGUACAGGAAAAACAGUUCAACGAGAACGGCGAGAUAAAACCAGAGAGGCGUCUACCGCCUGCAAUGAUCGGCGCCUUCUGCAUCCCCAUCUGCAUGUUCUGGUUCGGCUGGGCAUCAAGGCCUUCCGUGCAUUGGAUCGUGCCGAUAAUCGGAUCAUCCUUCUUCACGAUCGGCGCCUUCUUGCUCUUCAACUCGGUCUUGAACUACCUGGGCGACGCAUAUCCCGAUUACGCAGCUUCGGUCUUUGCCGGUAAUGAUUUCAUGCGUUCGAGCUUUGGUGCUGGAUUCCCGCUCUUCGCGAGUGCUAUGUAUAAGAAUCUUGGGGUGGCGUGGGCUAGUAGCACGCUUGGAUUUUUGAGUGUUGCAUUUAUUCCAAUUCCGUUUGUGUUGUAUUUCUAUGGGGAGAAGAUUAGGAAGCAUAGCAAGAGGGCGAGACAUGAUCUAUAG